AUGGAUUUGUUACAAGAUCAUAGAAAUCAUAAGGAUGCUGGUAAUAUUACUGAUGUAGAAUGCAAUAAUCUUCCUGAAAACUUGACUGAGCAGAUGGGGUUCGUUACAGCUGAAAAUUUCCAGUCUCCAACUAUCAGUGAUAGAUCUUUAAUCUUCGAAAGAAAUGUCCAAGAUGACCCCUUCCUGUUGCCAUAUUCAAAUAACACGACUUUAACUUCUUUGACUGCCCAUGACUUGUCCAAACAAAGAAGUAAUUCUAGUGUUUCUCUGACUAGACAAAGGACUGGCGACUCGAUAGCGUCUACUCAUUCCUUUAGCACUAAUGAUAAUUCCACGCCAGUAAUUCCAUUACCUAUCUCUAUUAUCCCCAAUAGGCGCCUCUCUAGGACGAAUUCUUCUGCAAGUUUUUCGAAUCCUUUAUUAUCUCCACUGUCUAAAUCAGUCAGUUAUUCAUCAAGUUUUAUUCCAUCUUCUAAUGGUAAUAGUUUCAACAGCAAUAUUGCAGUUAGCUCACCCUUAGUAGAUGAUGGGUUUCACCAUCAUAGGAGGAGAACCCUAGAAAAUUCGGUCGCUCCAGCACUGGAUGCAAGCUGUUCUCUAAUGGCAGAAGAUGUCACUGAUAUAGCUGAUGUCAACAUCAUUCAUUCCAGAUCUUCAUCUACGAUUGGAUUAGACAUGGCUUUAGGUAAGCUCUCAAAUCAUUCUCAGAACAAUAAUAAUCCCAGUAAUUCUACAAAUACAGACGAAACACACAACAGUGACAUUAAAGAUCAACAAAAUAAAGAAUCUGAAAGUAAUGGAUCUAAAGUAUUAAAUUUUUAUUCAUAUAACGACCUGUUGACUGAUGAAAAAAUUAAAGAGAUACAUAGUGCAUCAAAUCCAAGUAAAAGACCUUCUUUGACUAUAUCUAAGUCUGCAUCUAAUUUUAAAAUGUCUACAUCGCCAUCACAACAGGUUAACAAUAGUAUUAAUAAUACCAAUAGCAUUAACUCAAGUUUUUUUAAUCCAUUUGCACCUGGUAGAUCUUCAUCAGUAUGUUUAUCCCCACAACAACAAUCAAGAAAGCCCUCCUUUAAUAACGGAAAUAUAUCUUUCUCUAAAUCGCCUAUUAGCCCCUCCAGCUCAGUGAUUGAAGAUACAUUAACUAAUAAUAUCAAUCACACGUCAUCUGUCUUAUUGCAAGACCCAGUGUCUACGGGAAAUUUGACCCCAUUAUCUAUAAAGAAUCAUUUAAAUAAAUCUAUUAACAGGGAUAUAGCUCAUUUACAAUCUGGGAAACGGUUAAAAGAGGCUAAGUUGAUUGAAAGUAUGUCUCAAUUUCAUAUUACCUCAAGUGAAAGUGAGAGUGAAAGUGACAGCGAAUGUGAAAAGGAAAGGAGUAAAAAUGGUUGUAUAGCAAACGAGACUAAUGAUAAUGACGAUAUUGCAGUUGAUGGUUAUUAUCCAGGACAUGGUGUCAAUGGUUCUGUAUCAUGCCUACCAACAAAAAUUAAGAAUUUAAGAUCAUCUUCUAGUUCUUCCAUUAAAAAUACAUCAUUCUUACUAAAAACUACAAACUUUUUAUACUCCAAGAAUAAAACCAGUUCAGUAAUAACAUUACAACAACAUUUCGAUAAUAAUCCUACAGAACAUAUGAAUUUGAAUGAUUCUAUCCUUGUAGAAAACUUCCAACUACAAAAGGAAAAAAUUGGUGAUAUGAUUAAAGAUAAAGUUUUAUCGUCCAAAUAA